AUGUCGCUCUGUUCCAACCGUCUCUCAGAAGAGAGAAAGCAGUGGCGCAAAGACCACCCCUUCGGCUUCGUCGCAAAGCCCGCAAAGAACUCUCAGGGUGGCCUCGAUCUUCAAAAGUGGGAGUGCUCCAUCCCCGGCAAGGAGAAGACCAUGUGGGAGGGCGGCCUCUUCAAGCUCGAGGUCCAGUUCCCCGACGAGUACCCAACCAAGCCCCCAAGUGNNUAUGUACUCAUCAUCUCGACAACUGUUGCUACAUCUAACACGUCCUCAGGCAAGUUUGUGCCUCCUCUUUUCCACCCCAACGUCUACCCCUCGGGCACCGUCUGCUUGUCCAUUCUCAACGAAGAGGAAGGCUGGAAGCCCGCCAUCACCAUCAAGGAGAUUCUCCUCGGCAUUCAGUCUCUGCUGAAUGAGCCCAACCCCGAGUCACCUGCCCAGGCCGAAGCUUACAACCUGUUCCGCAAGGACCGCGCUGCCUACGACAAGAAGAUCAAGCAGGUCGUCAGAGACAACCCAGCUCCUUGA